CCAGUCCUGCACGGCCAGACCACCUUGAAGACCCCAGGGCCGACCUCGCCCGAGCCUCCGGAUCCAGGACCCCAGGAGCACCCCAACCAGACGUCCCGGGAGCCCCUCCACCCAAUCUCCCCAAAGCCUCUAGACCCAUACUCCCCCAACCCGACCCCUCAGAAGCCCCCCAACCAGACGACGUCCCAGGAGCCCCCCGACCCAAUUUCCCCAAAGCCUCCAGACCCAUACUCCCCCAACCCGACCCCUCGGAAGCCCCCCGACCUGACUUCCUGGGAGCCCCCCGACAUGGCCUCCCCCACAGGGACCUGCCGCCCCAAGAUCCUCCAGGCGCCCCGGCCCUCGGCAGCGAAGGCGCACCUGGAGCUGCUGUGCGAGGUGGCCUGCGGCCCUGGCGUGGCCGUGCACUGGACCCUGGCCCCGGGGGGCCUGGCAGCCUACGAGAGGACCGAGGCUGGGGCCCGGGCCUGGCUGAGGGUGCCCCUGACCAGGGACAGCCCCGAGGGCUGGUUCCAGUGUCGCAUGGAGCCAGGGGGCCAGGUGGCCAGCCUGUAUGUCCACGGCAGGCAGGAAGCCGCGAGGCCGCCCCUGGCCCUGUGGACCAGCGGCCUGGCGCUGGCGCUGCUGCUGCUGCUGGCUGCCCUCGCCAGCCACCUGCGGAGACGCUGCCGCCGCCCCGCCCCGCGGUGAGGACCCCGCCCGCCAGGUCCUCCGAGGGCUGCGGUGACCCUUCCCCGGCGGCCGCGCCCGGCCUCCCCAGCUGGAAUAAAGGCCCGUGGGUCCGGC